AUGGAGGCGAUGGUUGAGGCACAAACGCUUCACCACGACUGGAGAAGCCUCGAGAAGCUUCUCUUCCAGUUCUUGAAAGUCAACGCCAAGACCAGCCAUCGAUACAUCUUCGCCGCUUUUAUAGAUCUUCUCUUGAACUCAACACUGCACACGAAUGAACCCAUCAAUAUCAACAUUGCCAAAGACGAUGUGAACGGAUUCUCGGCCACACGCGCCACCGUCGGAGAAGCAAGUACUUCUUGUUGUAACAGUAUGAGUUGCCAAAGACGAUCUGGCAACAGAGGACGACAUCUAGUGCAUUGCCGCUUAGACAGAACCCUUGCUAAUAGCUCCUGGUACGAUACCUUCCCGCAGAGCCGUUGCCAUUACCUCCGUUUUGAAGGGUCCGAUCAUAGGCCAGUGCACUCUACAUUCAGCUCGGCUCGCAGGAAAAUGGGGAAAAUCUUCCGGUUCGACAGAAGACUCAAAGAUGUGGAGGAGGUUCGGAAGCUCAUUGAAUCUACCUGGAACGCUUCCCCUCAAUGCUCGGUGGCUCAACGCCUUGUCGCCUGUCGUCGAGCAAUCGUUCAAUGGAGCCGUGAACACUACUCCAACAGCCGUAAAACUAUUGAUGAACUUCGACACAAGCUUGAUGCAGCUAUGGCGGACCAGGCAACAGAGGAUGCGAUUGCCAUCAUAACCAAAGCGCUCCUUGAAGCCUACAAAGCCGAGGAGGCCUUUUGGAAACAACGGAGCCGUCUCCUAUGGUUGACUUUGGGGGAUAAGAACACAGGUUUCUUUCAUGCUGUCUCCAAGGGACGUCAAGCACGGAACAGACUCACUAUGAUGGAGAGUGUAACCGGAGAACCGCUAUACGAGGAAGAACACAUUGCGGCAGAGAUAGCUCGAUAUUUCACGGAAAUCUUCACUACUUGUGGCUCAAAUGGGGAAGACACUGUGGAGCGAGCUCUCUCCCGACGUAUCUCCAGCGAAGUAAACAAGGAGUUGACUACUAUCCCAUCGGCUACGGAGAUACGGAAAGCUCUUUUUGCCAUUCACCCGGAUAAAUCUCCCGGGCCCGAUGGUUUCUCAGCUUCCUUUUUCCAAGCGAAUUGGAAUACGGUUGGCCCAGCGAUUGUGGAUGAGGUCCGAGGAUUCUUCAUCACCGGGAUUAUGCCGGAAUCGAUCAACAAGACCCAAGUACGACUUAUUCCGAAAGGCCAACAUGCGCUCAAGGUUGCGGACUACAGGCCCAUUGCUCUUUGUAACGUUUACUACAAGAUCAUCUCGAAGAUUCUUUCACUCCGACUCCGCCCGGUCCUCAGCAGUGUCAUCUCCGAGAACCAAUCUGCGUUCCUCCCCGGGCGAGCCAUUGCGGACAAUGUGCUGAUUACCCAUGAGAUUCUCCACUAUCUCAAGAACUCGGAUGCGAAGAAACACUGCUAUAUGGCGGUUAAGACGGAUAUGAGUAAAGCUUAUGACCGUCUCGAGUGGGAUUUUGUGAGAUUGGUCUUCGAUAAGCUGGGCUUUGAUGCGAUUUGGGUUCACUGGGUCCUGCAGUGUAUUUCCACUGUCACUUACUCCUUCCUGGUUAAUGAUUCUGCGUUAGGACAAGUGAUACCGCAGCGGGGGAUUCGUCAGGGAGACCCCCUUUCACCAUAUAUCUUCAUACUGUGCGGUGAAGUUCUCUCCGGUCUAUGCAGAGCGGGACAGGAUAGUGGAGAGCUCUCGGGAGUAAAGAUCGGCCAGUACUGUCCUAGGGUCAACCAUCUUCUUUUUGCGGACGACACGAUGUUCUUUGCGAAAGCGACUGCGGAAUGUUGCUCCUACCUUACCUCUACUCUCAAGGCGUAUGAGAAGGCAUCGGGCCAGCUUAUAAACGCAACAAAAUCAUCCAUCUUCUUCUCUUCAAAGACACCACAGGAGACUCGCAGAAGGGUCAAAUCCAUCCUUGGUAUUGAAAAAGAAGGUGGUGUCGGAAAGUACCUUGGUCUCCCCGAACUCUUUACUAGGAAAAAGAGUGAUUUGUUCUCCUCCAUAGUUGACAGAAUCAAACUCCGAGCUGCUGCGUGGUCAACCCGUCGCCUCUCAAGUGCUGGAAAGUUGACAAUGCUAAAGUCAGUUCUCUCCGCUGUCCCUACUUACGCUAUGUCGUGCUUCCCACUCCCGAUUGGACUAUGCAACCAAAUUCAGUCGGCCCUUACUCGCUUCUGGUGGGAUAAUGACCCAUCGGCCAGGAAGAUAUGUUGGAUCUCAUACGAAGCGCUAUCACACCACAAGGAUAGCGGUGGUCUUGGUCUCCGAGACAUUCAGGAUUUCAAUGUGGCGAUGUUAGCAAAGAACAGCUGGCGCAUCUUGCAAAACCCGGGCUGCCUCCUAGCUCGUCUACUUUGCGGAAAGUACUGCCACAACGCUAGCCUUCUAACAGUAACAUGUUCCUCGUCGGCCUCCCAUGGUUGGAGAGGCGUUGUUGCAGGGUUCCAGUUACUGAAGCUGCAGCUGGGAAAAGCUAUAGGCAAUGGCCAGACCACAAAGAUCUGGUCAGACUCGUGGAUCUCCCCAACUGCAAAACUCCUUCCUUACGGUCCACCUACAGAAGUGAGCAGAGACUUGGUGGUGGCCGAUCUUCUUACACGGGAAACGGGAGAAUGGAUCACAUCCAUGGUGGAAGCUAUUUUCCCUGAGCUAGCGCAUCUUAUCCUCCUCAUUAAACCAAGUGUGCAACGGUUGGAGGAUGGCUUCGUUUGGCUCAAAACAAAGACCGGUAUCUACAGCGUAAAAUCAGGCUACUACGCUCUGAGAGAGGAAACUGUGGAGCUUCAUAUCUCACCAAACAUUCUCUCCUUUAAGUGGCAGCAGCAUAUUUGGAAAUCACCAUCUCCACCGAAGCUCCAUCUCUUCCUUUGGAAGCUAUGUCGGGGUGCGCUACCGUUGGGAUCAAGCCUCCUUGCUCGUGGGAUUAAUAUCUCUGGGCUCUGUCCUCAUUGCAACGAGCCUGAGACGGCACUGCACUUGUUUUUUCUCUGCCCAUUCGCGGUACAAGUCUGGGAACAAGCGCCAUUCCGUGACAAACCUCUCUUCUCCGAGACGGCAACACUCCAUGAGUGCUUUACCACCAUGUCGACGCUCAUUGCCCUCCCGCCUACUGGAGUAUCAAGCAGCCUCACCUCCUGGAUUUUGUGGGGAAUAUGGACCUCGAGAAACACACUGGUGUUUGAGAACAGAGCCAUCCCUGCAAAAACUGCUUUGGUUAGAGCUAUCACGUCAGCCCGGGAAUGGCUUCUUGCCCAAGCUACUCUCCCUAAGCGCUCUCUGCCGGUUCAAGGAGUGAUUGAUUUACCACCAUUGCAGGCUAACGUGGUGCUGUGUAACACAGACGCGGCGUGGAUUGCUUCGCAACGAGCAGGACUUGGCUGGACCUUCCAUCAUACGCCAACGGGUCUAGCCAUGGAAGGCUCUCGAUCAUAUAACCACGUCUCUUCACCCCUCAUGGCGGAGGCGCUAGCUAUGAGGGAAGCUAUGGCUGAGGCUAAGCGCUGUGAUAUCACCAACGUCUGGUUUCGUACCGACUCUCAAGAGCUUACUAGAGCUAUCAACUCGAAGACACUAUCGGUGGAGCUUUUCGGAGUUCUCAUGGAUAUCGAGUUCCUAUCUUCUUCUUUUGAUUUCUGCUUUGUUUCCUUUAUUUCUCGGGACUCCAAUGUUGCUGCUGACUUGCUUGCAAAGUCCGCUCUUCAUAGCUAUGUUCCCGCUUUGUACUGA